CUUUCUAAAGCUCAAGGAAUAGGCUCCAGCGCAGUCAAACUUCGAGGGGGCUCUCUAUUUAUGAAUGUUGGGAAAUCAGAGAAGCAAGAAGAAGAUAUUAGACAAACACCUCAUGUGAACAUCAAUCCCUUCACUCCUGAUUCCAUGUUCCUUCAUAGUUCUGAAGGAAAAUGUCGUAGGAGGAAGAGAAUGCACUGGAAUGACUCUUAUGGAGAAGAUAUGGAAGCAAGUGAUGGAGAGCCUGAAGAUGAAACUAUCAGACCUGCUAAGAGGAUAACUAUAACAGAGAGUAAUAUGAAGUCACGCUAUGCAACUGAAUUUCAUGAGUUGGAGAAGAUUGGAUCUGGUGAAUUUGGUUCUGUGUUUAAAUGUGUGAAGAGGCUUGAUGGCUGUGUUUAUGCAAUAAAGCGAUCCAAGAAACCCUUAGCUGGCUCAGUGGAUGAGCAAAAUGCUUUAAGAGAGGUCUAUGCACAUGCAGUUUUGGGACAGCAUUCUCAUGUAGUAAGAUACUACUCUGCAUGGGCAGAAGAUGAUCACAUGCUUAUACAGAAUGAGUAUUGCAAUGGUGGCAGUUUAGCAGAUGCCAUAAGUGAAAAUUACAGGAAUAUGCGUUAUUUUACUGAACCAGAGCUGAAGGACCUGCUACUUCAGGUGGCUCGAGGCUUAAAAUACAUUCAUUCAAUGUCACUGGUACACAUGGAUAUCAAACCUAGUAAUAUUUUCAUAUCUAGGACAUCAGUCCCAAGUACGACUUCAGAAGAAGCUGAUGAUGAUGACUGGUCAUCUGAUAGAGUCAUAUUUAAAAUAGGUGACCUUGGUCAUGUAACUCGAGUGUCUAGUCCACAAGUGGAGGAAGGUGAUAGCCGUUUUCUUGCAAAUGAAGUCCUACAAGAGAACUAUGCUCAUUUGCCAAAAGCAGAUAUUUUUGCUCUUGCUCUGACUGUUGUCUGUGCUGCUGGGGCUGAACCACUUCCAACUAAUGGGGACCAAUGGCAUGAAAUACGACAAGGAAAACUACCUAGAAUACCACAAGUGCUUUCUCAAGAAUUACUAGACUUACUAAAAGUUAUGAUUAAUCCUGAUCCAGAGAAAAGGCCUUCAGCUGUGGCACUGGUCAAGCAUUCAGUGCUUCUCUCUGCUGCUAAAAAGAGCGCAGAGCAGCUACGGAUAGAACUGAAUGCUGAAAAAUUCAAAAACUCUCUCUUGCAGAAAGAGCUGAAGAAAGCACAGAUGGCAAAGGCUGCAGCUGAGGAGCGAGCACUGUUCACUGACAGAAUGACAACGAGAUCUACAACACAAAAUAGACCGUCUCGUCUCAUUGGAAAGAAAAUGAACCGCUCAGUUAGUCUUACUAUAUACUAACUAUGAAGUCUAAAAGAACUACUGAGGAUGACUAUAGCAUCUCUACUGGACUGAAGCCUAAGGAAUUGAAGGAAGCAUUCAAUUCCUGGUUUCUUGUCCUGUGUGUGAUCAGUGAUCCUAGUUUUACACGAUUUGUUUCUGGGUUUUUACUUGUACAGUACAGCUAAUUAGCUGUAUUAUCCAUUUGAGUUAAUGGACUCAGUAGUUACUAUCUUGUCUAUAAAAAAUCCUGGAUGUUAAUCCAUAAGCCUUUCAGUUACACUGUUAAAUGUUACAUGGUCCCAGGGUUAACCACUAUAGUGGUGUGCUGCUUUGUAGUGUUAUGGCAUUGUAGUAAGAAGUAAUAGCCCUAAUCCUUAAAAGGGAGGGAGGAGGCCUUGCUUUGAUAGUUACUGAAUUUUUUGGAGCAGAGGGGAAUACAUUUUGAAAGACAGGCUUUAAGGCCAACUACACUCAAACGUACCUGAUGUCAGGUAGACUUCUUUUGUGAAUUUUAUUUGUAUAUUCAACUGGGAGCACUUUGUAGGCAUUGCAUAAACCACAGCUUAGAAACCUGUGGAAUUAAGUGCCAUAUGGAUCUGCUGCUAUUUUUAGUUUGUUGUCCUUGCUGUAAACUGUAGCAUUAAAACAAUCAUUAUUGUGUUAAUAGGCUUCUUGUUAAAACAAUUACGUGAAACAAAUCUAAGCUGCAUUUUAGUGAAGGCAGCUUUUUCUUUCAAAGCUAGUGCAUUGUAAAAUAAUGCACCAAUGUAAUAUUUUGACUCUGUAUUAGUGUAGUGCAAUCGUUAAUGUCUUGGCUAUUGAUGUUUUGUAAUUCUUUCUAAUAAGGUUCUCUAAAUGUUUAUUCUCUUCAGUUGUCUAUUUUUGAGGCUAUUGUAUAUUUUUUUCUAUGUUGGAGUACUUGUAAAUAAUUGUUUAGUAUAAGUGUUCAGACUGUUCUUCAUUGUUCAUGUACAUAAUUUUGAUUGUGUUUAUAGUAUACUAUACUGAAACUGCAGUCUGCAAUGCCAACAGACAAAGCUAAACUAUUUUAAGUCCCAAAAAACAGAAUAUGGCUGUCAGAACCUGUACUGAUAUUGGACCUAGGCUGACACAUGUUGCUAAAAAAAAAUAGAACUGUUGUAGUUACUGGCUUUUCUCUUAAUUUUAGUUUAAACAAUGGUUCCUAUUUGUGCUCUGUUUGUUCUUACUAGUGUUGAAUUUGAAUAUUAAAGUUAAAAGUUUUGUUU